GUGUGCACUUCCUGGUUACCUCAGUGUUUCAACUUACAAUUUCUUGUUUCACCUCCCAAAGCAACAAGAUGUUGCACACAGCUUACAGCUCGUGUUCAUGGCUCUGGAAUGCUAGCAACCAGAAAGAUGGACUGUUUCGAGCUGCUUGCUCAUUUCUGAUUGCCAUAUUAGCAAUUUCACUCUGGCACAUUAGGAAGGCGAGGAAGUCAAUCGCGCCAUUGCCGCCUAGCCCACGUGGCUUGCCAUUGGUGGGAUAUCUUCCAUUUCUUGGAACGGAUAAUCUUCACCUGGUCUUUACAGAACUGGCUGGUGUCUAUGGUCCUAUCUACAGACUUUGGCUUGGAAACAAAUUAUGCGUGGUGAUUAACUCACCCUCGCUGGCAAAAGAAGUGGUUCGUGACAACGACAUAACAUUUUCUGAGCGGGAUCCUCCCAUUGCUGCACAGAUUUGUACCUUUGGCUGCAAUGAUAUUGUAUUUGAUUCCUACAGUAAUCCCGACUGGAGAAUGAAGCGGAAAGUUCUUGUGCGCGAAAUGCUUAGCAAUACUAGCAUCAAAGCUUGCCAUGGUCUACGAAGAGAACAAGUGAUGAAAACCAUUACAAAUGUGUAUAAAAAUGCUGGCAAGCCAAUUGAUUUUGGUGAAUUAUCAUUUUUAACAUCAAUCAAUGCGGUCAUGAGCAUGUUGUGGGGAGGCAAACAGGGAGGAGAUCAGAAAAGGAAUAGAAUUUGGACCGACUUUCGAGAGCUUAUAACACAGUUAAUGGUGAUAUUGGGAAAACCGAACGUUUCUGAUAUCUUCCCCGUGCUUGCGUGGUUUGACAUACAAGGAAUUGAGAGGGAAAUGAAGAAAAUCUCUCAUUCGUUUGAUCAACUUUUCGACUCUAUGAUUGAAGAAAGAAUGAACGUUGGCACCAAAAUGGAAAAAGAUGAUGGAAAGACUGAACAAAAAGACUUCUUGCAGCUUCUUUUGGAACUCAAGGAGAAGGAUGAUGGCUCAUUAUCAAUUACAAUGAAUCAACUCAAGGCCCUGUUGAUGGACGUUGUGGUGGGUGGAACUGAUACCACAUCAACAAUGAUGGAGUGGACAAUGGCAGAGCUAACGCAACAUCCAGAAAUAAUGGAAAAAGUGAAGAAAGAAAUAGCUGAUGUUGUUGGUCCAAACAGCUCCGUUGAAGAAGUUCACUUGCCUAAUUUGCGCUACCUAGAUGCUGUCGUGAAGGAGACCUUCCGGUUGCACCCGCCCCUGCCCCUGCUAGUGCCCCGUUGUCCGGGCCAAUCGAGCACUGUGGGUGGAUAUACCAUACCGAAGGGCACCAGGGUCUUCUUAAAUAUCUGGUCCAUUCAUAGGGACCCAUAUGUUUGGGACAAUCCUUCAGAAUUCCAACCUGAGAGGUUCUUGAAUGAUCCUGACAAAUUUGAUUACUUAGGAAAUGACUCCAGAUACAUGCCAUUUGGUUCAGGAAGGAGAAUGUGCGCAGGAGUUUCUCUAGGGGAGAAGAUGCUAUAUUCCACCUUGGCCACAUUGUUGCAUGCGUUUGAAUGGAAAUUGCCCCAGGGUGCAGAGCAAGAUUUGUCCGGGAGAUUUGGACUUAUUAUGAAGAAAAUGAAGCCUUUGGUUGUUAUUCCAACACCAAGAUUAUCUAAUCUCGAGCACUAUCUAAGCAUUGAUCCCAAAUUAAGUGGAAACAACAAGCUAUACGUCCAGUUGAGAGCAAAUGUAUUUAGAGAAAGUAACCAAACUCAUCUUAACCCUUCACGUUCUCACUCGUUUCAAUCUUUUGCGAUGACAACUCAAGACUUCUUUCACAAAGGAGAGAGGUUCCCACAAAUGACAGUCCUUUGUAUUCUUAUUACAUUAUUACUAGCCUUGUGUUUGUUUCCACGGUCAAUCAAGAAAUUGAGGGGAUCAGGAAAGGCAAAGCAGCUACCGGGACCCCGUGGCUUACCCCUGGUCGGCUACCUCCCAUUUCUCAGUGGAAACAUCCACAAAACUUUCAUGGAAUUGACCAAGAUUUAUGGUCCAAUUUAUAAACUUCCGCUUGGACAGAGACAAUGUGUGAUAAUAAGCUCUCCAAACUUGGCAAAAGAGGUGGUACGUGACCAAGACACCAUGUUUGCCAACCGUAACCCGACCAUUGCAGCACUGGCUUUCUCUUUUGGUGGAAAGGAUAUUGCUUUCACGCCUUAUGGGCCGGAAUGGCGGAUUCUGCGCAGGGUAUUCGUCCAGGAAAUGCAGAGUAAAGCAACCUAUGCCUUUUACUCUCUACGAAAAAAUGAGGUUCAAAACAGUGUUAGAGAUGUACUUGGGAAGGGUGGAAUCCCCAUUGAUGUUGGACUUUUGGCGUUUUUCACAGUGAUCAACAUGAUAACUAGCAUGUUCUGGGGUGGCACGAUUCAAGGAGACAAAGGAGCUGGCACCAAUGCCGAGUUUCGCGCAGCAGUGUCGGAACUCAUUGUUAUAUGGGGAAAACCAAAUAUUUCAGAUUUCAUCCCAAGUCUGGCGAGAUUUGAUGUACAAGGAAUAGAGAGGGGUGUGAAAAAGGCAUCCAAGAGGAUAGAACAAAAUUUCGAUUCCGUGAUCGAUCAAAGGAUGAAAAAGAACGAGGAAAAAGGUCAAGGCACAAAAAAGAAAGAUAGUAAUGAUUUCUUGCAGUUCCUUCUGGAGUUCAGAGAUCAAGACACUGGAAAGUCACUUUCCCGAGCACAAAUGAAAGCCUUCCUCGCGGACAUUGUACUGGGGGGAACCGCCACAACCUCGACUGCUUUUGAAUGGACAAUGGCGGAACUGAUGCUUAACCCAGAAACGAUGAAGAAAGUGCAAGAAGAAUUAAUAGAAGUUGUGGGUGCUAACAGAAUUGUUGAAGAAUACCAUAUUUACAAAUUGCCUUAUUUGCACGCAGUUGUGAGGGAAGCAUUAAGAUUGCAUCCACCAGCUCCGCUGCUCCUACCCCGUUCCCCGACCCAAAGUUGCACCGUGGGAGGCUAUACUAUACCAAAAGGAGCUAAGGUUUUCAUGAAUGCGUGGGCUAUGCAUAGGGAUCCCCAAUUUUGGAACAAUCCCUUGGAGUUUCAGCCUGAGAGAUUCACUGGUGAUCAUGCUGAUAACUUGGAUUACUCAGGGAAAAACUUCCAUUAUAUUCCGUUUGGGUCUGGUAGGCGAAUAUGCGCAGGGCUUCGCCUGGGGGAGAGGAUGUUGAUGUAUAUAUUGGCUACAUUCUUGCAUCUGUUCGAGUGGAAAAUGCCAGAUGGUGAAAUGCCAGAUACCAGGGAAAAACUUGGGAUUGUGUUGGAGAAGUUAACGCCGUUAAUUGUUAUUGCAACACCAAGAUUCUGCAACUUAGAGCUCUAUAAAUAGGAGUGGUCAACCGGAAGAAUAUAUUUUUUUCUGGAAACUCUUGUAUCCAAAAUCAAAAAAAUCUGUAUAUUGUAUUUCAAAAUAAAUAAAUAAAUUUCAAUUUCAAAUAUUAUAUUUUCA